GAGAUUGAUAAAUAUGCUCACAAGUACUAUUGACGUCUGUAACUCAUAUAAUUAUUGGUGAUCCGAAGGACUUCAAUUACAUUUUAGAUAAACAUAUUGGAUGGAUGCGAAGUACAUUGUAGCGAUCGUUGGCGGACCAUUUUUCGUGGCCCUAAUCACAAUACUACUCCUCAGAUUCAAGCUUAAAUUUCUAGUUGUAUGCGUACUCACUGCAAUAUUGCUUUCACUAUCUUCUGCGUGCAUCGUUCUGGCAGUUUGCGAAAAUGUUAAAUUGAACGAGGCCAUUGGCUGUCCUAUUCUUAUUGCCUUCACAGUUUUGGAAGAUGUGCUAACAAUCAUCUUCAUUUUCUUGACGAAAAGAUUGAAUCUAAAGGUAGUAAUUGUACUUUGGAGUUUAUCGUUGGCCAGUCUGGUUACCGCCACUGUAUUGAUUGUUGUAGGAUGUGAUGAGGACGUAUGCGCAGUACUAGAGGGUGGAUUCUUCAACUCCCUUCUGUCCUUGAUCACAGUAAUUUUCGCAGACCUCCUCAAAUGAGUUUCGCAUCAGGUAUGCGUGUUACAAUGUGUCUAACGAUACUUGUGAUCUAUUGUGGCGUAUGCGCCAUUUUGUGCACGUGUGAAUGUAGGACGAUCCACAUUUCAAACUGUUAUGAAAGAAAC